UUUUACUCAGUAAUUCUGCGUGUUUUUUCAUCAGGUGUGUUUGGUGUUUAUGAAGUGAAGUCCGUGACGGAGGGAGAAUCAGUGCGUCUAAACCCUGAUCUUACUGAAAUACAGAGAGACGAGGAGAUGAUGUGGAAAUUUAACAACAUUGUGAUAGCUAAAAUCUACGGGAAGGACAAUACGAUCAGGGUUUAUAAUGAUAGUGCUGAGGGGAGAUUCAGAGACAGACUGAAGCUGGAUCAGACUGGAUCUCUGAUCAUCACAAACACCAGAAUCACAGACUCUGGAGAAUAUAAAGUCACCAGCAAAAGAUCAGGGAUCCCACUCAACAUCUUCAGUCUCAGUGUCUACGUUCAUCUGCCUGUUCCUGUCAUCACCAGAGACUCUUCUCAAAAUUCAUCAUCAUCCUCAUCAUCCUCCUCCUCCUCAUCCUCAUGUUCAUUGUUGUGUUCAGUGGUGAAUGUGAGUGAUGUGACUCUCUCCUGGUACAAAGGAAACAGUUUAUUGUCCAGCAUCAGUGUGUCUGAUCUCAGCAGAAGUCUUUCUUUACAUCUGGAGUGUCUGGAUGAUUUCUACAGCUGUGUGGUGAACAAUCCCAUCCGAAACCAGACCACACAUCUCUGCACUGAACUCUGUCAGACAUGUUCAGGUAUGUCUGUGAUAAUAUUCAGUGUUUAUGAACACAUUCACUCACAAUAACAACACUCUCCUUCACAUCCUCCAGACUCUGUAUCUCUGAUAGUGUUGAUCUGUGUUGUUGCUGCUGCUGGUUUCCUGUUGAUUGUAACUGCAGUCGGGAUCUUCUUCAUCUGCAGGAAACACAGAAAAACAGACCAAGAAGGCAAGCAUUGUCUACUUUUACCUCCUGCAUGUGUGUAUAAUAAUAUAAAACAAUACUAGAUAAUAGAUAUCAGUUCAUUGAGAAUUUUGUUUCUGUUAUAUUUUCUUACAGUUCAGACCCAUGACAGUGAGAUCACUUACGCUGAAUAUACUGCACUUUCUUCACAUAGUAAUGUACAUUUAACAGUAAAACAAAUGUUUGAGCUUUAGGAUGAAGUAAAGUUGAUUAAAUCUUGAUGCAUGUUUGUAUUUUUCAGU